CACCACCAUGACCACAGAGAAGAGCCCAGCGGCGGACGCCGACAGCUCGGACCAGCAGCAAGCCAAGGAGGAGGAAGGAGCUGCUGAAACACAGAAGCAGGAGGCUUCCCUGGAGGAAGGGGCUCAGCCCACGCAAGAAGGGCAGGGGCAGAAGCAGAAGGCCUCCAACGGAGACACCCCCACGCACGAGGAGCAGAGCAAGAAGGAACGUCGCACCUCUGAGGGCCGGGGCCUGUCCCGCCUCUUCUCCUCCUUCCUCAGGAGGCCCAAGUCUCAGGUGUCCGAAGAGGAGAAAGACACUGAUGGUCCUAAAGAGGCAGGAGGUGACCAGAAAGGCGCAGGAUUAGGAGCCAGCCCUGAUGAAGAUAUCCUGGUGAAAGCGCCCAUCGCAGCUCCCGAGCCUGAGCUCAAAACCGACCCUUCACUGGACCUCCAUUCCUUGAGCAGUGCAGAAACACAGCCUGCACAGGAGGAGAGGAGGGACGAGCAGGAGCCAGAGGGUAAAGACCCUGAGGACAAGGAAGAAGGAGAAGCCAAGGAAGAGUGUGCCAAGCCGGAGCCCAAACCGGAGACUCCGGAGACCAAGGCAGACAAGGAUUUGAAAGCUGCCCAGAAAGCAGUGAAAAGACACAGAAACAUGUACUGCAAAGUGGUCUUGCUGGAUGACACCAUUUUUGAGUGUGCUGUGGAUAAACAUGCCAAGGGACAGGAGCUCCUUAAAAAAGUCUGUGACCACCUCAAUCUGCUGGAAGAAGACUACUUUGGUUUGGCCAUAUGGGACACACCAACCUCCAGGACGUGGCUGGAUCCUGCCAAAGAAAUAAAAAAGCAGGUUCAUGGAGGCCCCUGGGAUUUUACCUUCAAUGUCAAGUUUUAUCCUCCAGAUCCUGCCCAGCUGACAGAGGAUAUAACCAGGUAUUACCUGUGUCUUCAGCUCAGACAGGACAUCCUCACGGGGCGGCUGCCCUGCUCCUUUGCAACCCUGGCCCUGCUGGGCUCCUACACGGUCCAGUCGGAGCUGGGGGACUAUGAUCCUGAUCUCCACGGCCCAGAUUACAUCACUGAGUUCAAACUGGCCCCGAACCAGACAAAAGAGCUCGAGGAGAAGGUUGUGGAGCUUCAUAAAACAUACAGAUCCAUGACUCCAGCCCAAGCAGACCUGGAAUUUCUUGAGAAUGCAAAAAAGCUGUCUAUGUAUGGAGUCGACCUUCACCAAGCCAAGGACUUGGAAGGAGUGGACAUCACUCUGGGAGUCUGUUCCAGUGGCCUUCUUGUUUACAAAGAUAAACUGAGAAUCAACCGCUUCCCGUGGCCCAAAGUCCUGAAGAUUUCCUACAAGCGCAGCAGCUUCUUCAUAAAGAUUCGGCCGGGGGAGCAAGAACAGUAUGAAAGUACAAUUGGCUUCAAGCUUCCAAGUUACCGGGCAGCAAAGAAGCUGUGGAAAGUAUGUGUUGAACAUCACACCUUCUUCAGGCUGACUUCCACCGAGGCCAUCCCGAAGAGCAGGUUCCUGGCGCUGGGCUCCAAGUUCCGCUACAGCGGGCGGACGCAGGCGCAGACGCGGCAGGCGAGUGCCCUGAUCGACCGGCCCGCGCCCCAGUUCGAGCGCACGGCCAGCAAACGAGCCUCCAGGAGCCUGGAUGGAGCUAAACGUGCGACUCACAGAGUUGAGUUCAGGACCGUAGAGGAAGAGAAGCAGAAAGAGGUGGUGGUGGUUGAGGUUCCUGAACCAAAACCUGCGGAUCAGAUCCGAGAGAAGCCAGCCAAACACACUCUUGAAACUUUUGAAAUGAAACCCAUUGCAGAGGAGGAAGAGGAGGAGGAGAAGGUAGAGGUGGUUAAGGUUCCUGUUGCCCAGCCAAAGUUCCCGGAGCCGGUGCCGCCGCGGUCAGCAGUGGCCGUGAUAACCCCGGAGCGGAGUCCCCGGCCCACCUCGGCCCCGGCCAUCGCUCAGAGCCACCCUGCAGAGCCAGCCCCAGCUAAGCCUGACGUGAAGGACGUGGCCACGUCUAAAACAGGGAGGGAAACAGCCAAAACCGAUGUGAGACGGGAGGAAUUCCCACCGGAGAAAGCCAAGGCAGAGCCGGCUGAUGCAUCCAAGGUGAGGAAAACACACAUUGAGGUCACAGUCCCCACCACGAAGGGUGCCCAGCCCCAGCAGCAGCCUGCAGAAAAAGAGGAAGAACUGAUAAGAAUGAGGAAGAAGAGAUCAAAGAGGCUAGAUGGUGAAAACAUUUAUAUCAGGCAUAGCAAUUUAAUGUUGGAGGAUCUAGACAAGCCCCAGGAGGAGAUCAAGAAGCACCACGCCAACAUCAGCGAGCUGAAGAAGAACUUCAUGGAGUCCGUCCCGGAGCCGCGGCCGAGCGAGUGGGACAAACGCCUGUCCACCCACUCCCCCUUCCGGACCCUCAACGUCAACGGGCAGAUCCCCACGGGAGCGGACGGAGUCAAGAAAGUCACUGUCCAAACUUCUGAGAGACAGUCUCCCAGCUACUUUCUCCCCAAUUCUCACCACUUAGGGGUGUGCAAAGAACCAGUCCCAAAAUACCGCACUGACCAGAGGAGGUUGGCUCAGCUGAGGGAGCUUAGAGCCAAGUUUUUCCUCUCCUAAGUACACUUGGAUUUGCCCAGGGCUGCCAAACCAAAGGGAUGGAGAGUUCCUGCACAGCAACAUUCCCACAAUCUUUUCUUUCUUCAGCAGAAGUGCUGGAGCCUUUGCAUGGUCCUGUGUGCUGAUUUACUCAUUCCGGGUUUUUGUCGUUCUUCAGACUCCAGAAACAAAAGUGCUGAAACACGGAGCAAAAUUCCAGCAGCCUGCGGUGCUCCCACUGCCAUCCUGCCCGUUCCACACGUGGCAUUUCUGAGAAUAACAAUUUUACACUCGCUCCAGUAGAAUUUUCAGACCAAUCAGUAAUUUUGAUACUCUGGUCAGAACUUUGGAAAAGCCUUUUGUAUCUGCUCCGCGGUCUGGCUUGUUCCAUGGGAUUUGCCCAACGCUGGUUUUGAGGGUAGGUUAGGAAGCUGUCAGAGACCACUUUUUGUACUGCACCAUUCCUAUUCCUAAUGCCUCCGACUUUUUUCUUGACCAUUCCAAUUCCAAAACACUCCAGAGGAGGUUUUGAGCACCUGCUUUUCUGGCAGGGCAGGCACAAACCACCCACGACCCUGAUCCAGAUGCUGAUGAGCUCUGCGGGGAGGACAUGGUUCUGUAGCUCCAAGGCUGGUGUGGCCCAGGCCACCAGCUGCUCUGCUCCCCAGGGCAGUUUAUUUUACACUGAGAAGAGCUGUCCUAAUGCUUUGCACACCUCCAAGUGUCACUUUUGGGCACUUUCCAUCUGUCAUUUUUGUUCAUCUCUCUCUGUCUUUCUUGAUCUCCUACCACGAAAGCAGAAACGGGAACGUCCUCUGUUAGUACAGGAUGAAGACAAACUAAAAAAGCAGCAGAUACCUACUGAGACAGCCUUUCCCCGGCCAGCAAGUGAAGAAGCUCUUCCAAAGGUUUCUAUUGCAAUCCCUGAAGAGCAGAAAGCACUCAAAAAGUGUCAGCUGUACUCUAGCAUUUUUCCUUCUCCGCGCAUUCCCUUUAUGAUGUCCUUUCUCCUGGUCGUAGCGCUGACUGUUUGGUGGCUGCUCUUUCUCUGAGUGGCAACAGGGCCGUGUUGAAACCUCAAGACCAAAGCUCCUGAAUUUCUUGGCCGUGGCCUCUGCUGCAUCUUCCUCUGUCGUGGUCUUUGAUCUCCGUAGCUCGCUGUCCCGGGGAGGGACACCCCGCGACCGUCCUGUUAAUCCCACUGUGUGUCCUUGUGUGGCUGGGAGGGCACCUGGCAGGAGUGGGCUGGGAUUGCCAGGUCCCUUCUGAAGUUUCCUCCUGUGCAAAAGCAAAUCCUUUGAGCCCUGUUCCUGACUGCUGUGAGAGGGCAGACGGGGAGAGGAAAUGAUGGGAGGAGUCGCUGGCUUCCUGUAGAGCCCCUGUAGACUUCGCGUAGGAAUUGCUGGAAAAAAUUGCUUUAAAGCUUGUUGUUUUUAAUGUAAGAUGUUCAAAAGCUGGAGAACCUUUGAUACUGGUCCAAAAGAGGCUUUGCAGUAAUCUGCUGAAUUAUGGAAUCCUGGAAUGGUUUGGGUUGGAAGGGACCUUAAAGCCCAUCUCGUUCCAACCCCCUGCCAUGGGCAGGGACACCUCCC